ACCGGGCAUGAAGCCCGGGUGAGGAGAGAUGCCAUGGUGGCUGCCAGCGAGGUAACCAGGGCCACCAAGGAGACACGGCAGGUAGAAGAGGCCCUGGAGCUGCUGGAGCGCUUGGUGGCCGAGUGUGACGAAGCCACUGCCUUCCCCCGGGAGCUGCUGCGCAGGCUCAGGGACAUCGAGGCUGCCCUGGAGGGGACAAAUGAGGUGUCCCCCAAUGUCCCCGAGGACUUGGUAGCCAAAGUGGCUGAGGCUGAGCAGCUGUGGGAGGCCAACGCCCACCUGGUUAAGGCUCACCUGCUGGGGACAGUUGAUGACAUCAUCGAGUUCUAUUUCACUGGUGGUCCCGCCAGCCCCAGUCCCUGUGGGGUGGCUGAGCGGUGCCUGAGAGCCACCGAGGACAUCCCAAGACUGGUUCAACUCCCAACACGUCCCCAAGCUGUCCCCAAGGUGUCCCCAGUGAGCAUGGAGCCCCAAGAGCUGUCCCCAGCCCUGCUGCAGCCACAGGUCACCGUGGUGGCCAUCCUGGGCAAGCUGCUGGCUACCCUGCCCAGGUGGAAGAAGAUGAUGCUCGGGUCCUCAGUGAGACUGUACUCGGACCUGGUGGCCUUCACCAGGGGGCUCUGGGCCACCCUGAACUGCAUUGAUGGCACCUGGUGGUGCCACAAUAUCACCUUCGAUGAUGAUUACCCUGUCACCUCCCUGAGCCAGGCCCUGGCCCCCAGAAAAGCACCACAUGCACCACCUGGUUCCAUGUGACAAUGGUGGUCAGCAAGUGGCAGGGGUUGGUGAAUGCGCUUGUCAACAGCUGGGCUGGGCUGGCCAGGGAGGCCACCAAGCUCUGCAAUGCCUGCAGGGAGGCGGCCUCUGAGGCAGCCUACAUGGUGGCCCAGGACAUGGCCUGGGCCAGGGAGCUGCAGGACAAGGCUGCUCGUGAUGGGACAGCUCAGGAAAACAUGGUGGAGCUGGGUCAGGCCCUGGGCAGGGAGGAGGAGGCCAAGGCCGCGCAUG